UGUGAGGCGGGGUCAAGACCUUAAACGGAAAUGACGCUUCCCUGCACGGGGCGGAAGUUUCCCGCCCCACCCGUAAGAGUAGAGGUUUGACCAGCGCAAGUGAGAUUCUUGUCCCGGUUCCAGUUUUCCGUGGCUCCUCCUCCUGUCAUUGCAGGUGUUAUUCCUGGGACUCAGAUGGACCACACAGCCCCGACCUACAUGCUUGCUAACCUAACCCAUUUGCAUUCAGAACAACUUCUGCAGGGCUUGAAUCUCCUUCGUCAGCAUCACGAACUCUGUGACAUCAUUCUUCGAGUAGGUGAUGUUAAAAUUCAUGCUCAUAAAGUGGUUCUUGCCAGCAUCAGCCCAUACUUCAAGGCUAUGUUCACUGGAAACCUUUCUGAGAAGGAGAACAGUGAGGUUGAGUUCCAGUGCAUUGAUGAAGCUGCGCUGCAGGCCAUCGUGGAGUACGCCUACACGGGGACAGUUUUCAUUUCUCAGGACACCGUUGAAUCUCUCCUACCAGCAGCAAACCUGCUCCAGAUAAAACUUGUCCUGAAGGAAUGCUGUGCAUUUCUUGAAAGCCAGCUUGACCCUGGUAACUGUAUUGGAAUUUCCCGUUUUGCAGAGACGUAUGGUUGUCAUGACCUUUAUUUGGCGGCUACUAAAUACAUAUGCCAGAAUUUUGAAUCUGUUUGCCAGACAGAAGAGUUUUUUGAGCUUACGCAUGCUGAUUUGGAUGAAAUUGUCUCCAAUGACUGCUUGAAUGUAGCUACCGAAGAGACAGUUUUUUAUGCAUUAGAGUCUUGGAUCAAGUAUGAUGUGCAAGAACGCCAGAAAUACUUAGCACAGCUGCUGAACAGUGUACGAUUACCAUUGCUGAGCGUUAAGUUCCUCACUAGGCUCUAUGAAGCAAAUCACCUUAUCCGUGACGAUCGUACUUGUAAACAUCUCUUGAAUGAAGCCCUAAAGUACCACUUCAUGCCAGAACAUAGACUCUCGCAUCAGACAGUCUUGAUGACGCGACCUCGCUGUGCUCCCAAAGUAUUGUGUGCAGUAGGAGGAAAAUCUGGACUCUUUGCCUGUUUGGAUAGCGUGGAGAUGUACUUUCCCCAGAAUGACUCUUGGAUUGGUCUGGCGCCUCUGAAUAUUCCUCGCUAUGAAUUUGGAAUAUGUGUUUUAGACCAAAAAGUCUAUGUUAUAGGUGGUAUUGAGACUAGCAUGCAUCCCAAUGUCACUGUCAGAAAACACGAAAACUCAGUGGAGUGUUGGGAUCCUGAUACAAACACCUGGACUUCCCUAGAGAGGAUGAACGAGAGCCGAAGCACCCUUGGAGUGGUGGUCCUUGCAGGAGAACUUUAUGCUUUAGGAGGAUAUGAUGGACAGUCUUACUUGCAGUCUGUAGAGAAAUACAUCCCCAAAAUAAGACAGUGGCAACCCGUGGCCCCAAUGACAACCACAAGAAGUUGUUUUGCUGCGGCUGUUCUGGAUGGAAUGAUAUAUGCCAUUGGUGGAUAUGGCCCUGCUCACAUGAACAGUGUGGAACGUUAUGAUCCAAGUAAGGAUUCCUGGGAGAUGGUUGCUUCCAUGGCUGAUAAAAGGAUUCACUUUGGCGUCGGAGUUAUGCUAGGUUUUAUUUUUGUGGUAGGUGGGCAUAAUGGUGUCUCGCAUUUGUCAAGCAUUGAAAGAUAUGACCCUCAUCAAAAUCAGUGGACAGUGUGUAGACCAAUGAAAGAGCCCAGGACAGGAGUUGGUGCUGCAGUAGUUGAUAACUACCUUUAUGUAGUCGGUGGUCACUCCGGGUCUUCCUAUUUGAACACAGUACAGAAAUACGACCCUAUCUCAGAUACAUGGCUGGACUCAGCUGGCAUGAUAUACUGUCGCUGCAAUUUUGGAUUGACUGCACUUUGAGAAGUGUGAACUCAUGGACAUUGCACGUGGUGGUGCCACAGGAAAGAAUGCCCAGUGUCCUGAACCUGAAAGCUACACUGCUUUCUCUGUAACUUGAAGUGGCAUGAAGACUCAAAGUCUUGUUGGGUACUUUGAACUGACAAAUAGUUUGUCUUGCUCUUGAUUAUACAGUGAAUCAAUAAUUAAAAAACAAAAGAAAGAAAGAAAAAAAAAGGAAAGAUCUAACCAAUUGAAUUGUGCACUUUUCUCCACUAAGACUGGGAUAAACUAGUUUUUAUAUUCCUACAUUUAGGGAAAACCUUGCUGCUUUUUAAUUUGUUUUCAAUAGUUUAAGCUCUUCUUUCUUGAUCUGUAUCAUGAUUGACUAGGAUGAGAGAUGCUGCAGACCUUGGAGUGUAGCGAAUGAAUGCAGAGUGUGGCUAGUGAUUGUGGAAUGUAAAUUCAUAUGCUUCACAUUGUUUUUUUAAAAAGGGCUGCUUUUACUUCGGGUACUUUUAAGGAUUGUAAAUAACAUGUCAGUCUUCUGAGGGCUCUUUCUGCUAGUUGAUUUUAGGGCUAAUAGUGUGAUAAGGUUUCAAAACAAUGGCUUUUAUUAUGUUUAGGGCCCUGUUUUAAGAUAUAUUUAUUGUUUAUGCUUUUUCUAUAUGCGCUGAAUGACCUCAUCUAUGCUUUGUAAAGCAUAGAUAGAAAAAUAAUCAUGUUGUCAGUUUCAGUUGUUUCUUCCUGUUACCCAGCAGGCUUUGGACAGUUAAUGUAAAUAUAUUUGAAAGGUGUUUAGUACCACCCUUGAUGCAUAUUUUUUUCAUAUAUUCUUAAUUUUAAUUUUUUUAAGGUCUUAAUUUUGUUUUCAGUGUUCAAAUAAAAAAUGGUGCUAACUGUAGGAUGUAUAACAAAGCUAUAACCAAUGUUAUUUGGAUGUUCAAUGUGAGAUGCAUGAUGUACUAUGAUAAUCUUUUUUAUUUUUACUGCUUGAUUUCAUCUGUGCUUUCGAAAAGUAUUAGUGAGUAUAUUAAUGUUAGCCUCCAACGUCGUCUGAAUGGCUUGAGUUAUACUUCCAUGGUUUUUCAGUAGUGACGUAAAGAAUGAUGCUUUUUUUUGUUCUGUUUUUCUUCCUGUUCUAGAAAUUCCUUGCCCUGCAGCAUAGAACUACAUGCAGUGAAUACAGCUGCUAGGCUGGUGUGAAUUACUUUGUUCAUUUCUGAGGUCACUGAGGAUUUUUAACUUAUUGAGGAAAACUGGAACUCGAUAUUUACUUGAAUAAAUGGUUCUAAAUUUGGUUGUGCUUUGAUUAAAGAAACUAUCUUUCAAAACAAAACUGUUACAGCCAUUGACAGCUUAUUUUAAAAGUAGUUAACUUAUUUUAGCAUGGUUUAGUAAACAUCUAUUAGUCUUAGACACAUUAACUUGCAUUUUGUUACUAUGUUGGUACGUGGAUUUUCGUAUUUAGUAAUUUUGUUUUCAUUUCCUUUAUUUUUUUCUUUUUCACCUACCUACUCUCUCUCUCUCUUUAUAACUUCUACAAGACCAGUGAAUAUUUUUCCUAAGAAAAAAAGCUCAUCCUGCAUUCUUAAGUGCCAUACUAAUCUAACUAUUGUUAAGAAGCCAUUUGUAAGUACAAAGCCUAGCGUUACCUGUUAGCAUAUAUGUUCUUACUCAAAAACUAUAGUCAGGCAACUUGUAGUUUUUCUUGUUCUUCAUGAACUACCCAUUGUAGAUUUGAGCAUAUACUAUGAAACCAUGUAAAAUCAUCUUUAGUCAUAAAGUAACCAUGCUUUACACAUAUCUGCACAGAUUAUGAAGCCUUGCAAGUAAUUUUUAGUCUCUUUUAACCUAGAACUCAAGAUAAGCUAAUAAAAUCAACUAAAUAUUUUCUAUGUCGCUUAUUUGAAUACCUUAGUGACACAUAGCAAUAACUGUCUCAUUGAUUUGAAUAAAUCUGUUGACUAGGAAUAAGGUGCACUAUUAUGGUUGACCUAAACCUUAGUUAAAGAAAAGCAUUUUAAAGUUGAUUCCAGCACAUACUCACUUUUCAAUCCCCAGCUUAGAUGUUUUUGUCUAUAUCAGUCAAAUUGUUAAAUGUAUUGUUACGCUACUUUUAUUCUCUUCCUCCCAGAAGUGAAGUUAUUUUAGAUACACACAUCUAUUCUGGUCAUUCUCUUCCACAGUGCUUUCCAGUGUGCAGUCCAUAUAAAAUACAUAGCCAUUUGGUAAGUUAGAUCAAAAGUACGUACUGACAAUUUUUUUUUUUAAUCUUAAGUUUUAUCUUGCUUUAAAACUGAAGCAAAACAUCUUGGGCAACAGAAGGAUCAUGUUCUGUCAAGAAAGUACAGAGACAUACAAAGCAGAAGAAAUAGCGCUCAGAAUUUAGAAAUACAUGUUAUCUUAUAACUCCUGUUCAUAGUAACCAGAGCUAUUAUAUGUCCUGACACCUGGAAAGUUUACAACGGAGAUUUCUCUUCAAAUUUGAGAAGUUUCAUAUGAAUACUGUGCUGGUAAGUUGCAACCGUAAAGCUCCAUGUUUCCUAUGCAAAAAAGGAUGAAAUGUUAGAUUAAAAAUCCCCAGGUUUAAUGUUUUUAGAAAAAUGUAUGUGUGCAUACAUAUAUGUAUAUAUACACAUAUGCAUUCAGUACCUAUUGGAUAUAUAUGUGUGCAUAUAUUCAAUCAAGAACUUGAAAGCAAUUUAAAACUGCCCAGAAAUAUUUUGGAAAAGAGUGACAGGAAAAUAGAAAUCUGGUCAAUUGCAAUGUCACUUGUCUUCUAUAAUUAUGUCAAAGAAUGUGUAUGCGACAUUUGGCUAUUUAAUAUUUAUUGUAUGUAGUAAUAGAACUUUUUAAAGUAAGCCCAAAGGAUAUUUGCAAAUUUCAUGUAAUUGCUAAUAUUGUUUUAAAUAUGAAUGAAUAUCAAAUUGUAGGAUGUAGUAUCAAAUGAUAGGAAACUGGCACUUGAUUUUGAAAAGUUUUAGUAGUUGGGCAUAUGUGACGGAUCUACUGUAUAUGUGUGAGACACCAUGUUAGGUGUGUGGCAGCGUCUCCUGAAGUGUAGAUAGGUUACAUUCUUCCCUCAAAAGAGUGAACUGUAACGGAGCUCAUUUACUCCAGUAAUGAUUAUGAAGAUCUGUAACCUAACUCCUUAUUUCUAAAGUCAUAGGAAGGGACUUGAAGCGUAGUUUAUAUACAAACAAAUACUUAGUGUCCAGUUAGGUUUUAAUGACAUAAGCCAGAGUUGUGAACAUUGCAAUGUUUAUAGAAUCCAUGUGGGGUCUGCAGAGAUGUAUCAUCAGUUAAGACUAACUGCUGCUCCUUCAGAGGACCCAGGAUUGGUUUCCAGGACCCAGAGAGGCACACAACUGUCCCACAGCUCCAGAUCCAGGGCAUCUGAUGCCCUUUUCUGGUCUCUCUGGGCACCCUCCCCCCCACCCCCACAUAUACAUGCACACAAAUAACUUUAGAGAAAAUAUUUCCAUGUGUCUUGGUAUUGGAUGGUAUAUUUUCUAACGGAAAAACAAAACUAGGAAAGAACACACACAAACCCAUUUUCUAGAACAUCAUGGCUCUGGCUAACACUGAAGAAAAUACAUGUAUAUCUCAUGCUGGCUUCUGCUGUUUUCAGUCGCAGUGUUGGAUUCCUGGUAUUGUCACCAAAGUGCUCAUUUUUAGGAAAGUCAGAUUCUACAAUAAAGUUACUGCUUAAAGAUCAAUAAAUCUGUGAUAGCCUCUCUAGACUUUCAAUUCAGAAGGUUACACAGCUAUGUGAUAUGUCAAGUUACCAUCCUGUUCUGCUGCUUAACCCUUCCUUUCCCACUGUAUACAGCAUUUUAAUUAGACAAGAUUUAAUGAGAUAAUGAUUCUGUGGCUGGGUAUUUAUUGGCUCUUCACUUCCAGUGUACUGAGUUCAGUGUUGAUAUGCACAUUUGGAAAAUAAAUUUAAUACAUUUUAAAUGGAAAACGUUUACAAAUCUUACUAGUGUGAAAAUGGUCAAAUAAAAAUCCAGUUUACAUCUCUGCAGAGAGAAAAAUUGUCACCCGUGUCUUUCAUAUUACCCACCCACAUGUAUUCUGCAUUUAAUUUUGUCAAGUUAUCACGUGUAAAGUCCCACAUUUUAAAAUACCAAGCAAAAAGUUCCAAGUUUGCCUUAAUAUACAUGUGAAAUUAAAGAACUGGAUGACAAUGCCUCUAUAUUUGCCUUAUGAAUUGUCUCGUGUCAUGAACCAGAGAUGGCUGUGAUUGUAACAGGAGUCUGAAGCAUUGUAGAUGUAGAGAACCAGUUGGUGUCCUCUGUUGCAAAGAGUGUGGUUGGUUGUCGGUAAGGUUCAUGUUUAAAUGCUUUUGUACCUGUAUUUUACCUCUGAAUAGAUACUUAUAGCAUCAGGGUUUUAUUUUAUUUUUGUUUACAUAGUAAAGUGGCAUUUAACUUGUUGAAGACUGUAUUUUUUAUUUUAUUUUAAGAGUUCUUUGUGCAUAUUAUUGUGGUAAUGCUCUGUAAUGGUUAUAGUUAUAUUUCAUUUAAUGUG